AUGUAUCAUUAUACCGGUCCGCGCCGCUCGGUGUGCACUGCAGUUAGUGGCUAAGGCGCGCGCGUGUGUGCUUUUCUCUCUUCUUCGUCCUCGUUCGUGUCGUCGUCGUUGUUGUCGUCGUCGUUGUCGUCGUUGUCGUUAUCGCUGUUGUCGUCGUCGUCGUCGCGUUCGUCGUCGUCGUCGUCGCCGUCAGGAUUGCGAUCGUGCUUUUUCUCUCCCUUUUUUUCGUGUAACUUCAUUACGACGUUGUCUUCGUCGUCGUCGUCGUCGUCGUCGUCUUACGGACGAGAAGAGAGAAAGAAAAGAAAGUUGGUUAUUAAGAAAAUUCUCGAUACCUCGGUGGUUUGUCUCGUAAGAAAAAAAAAAAUUAGGGAAAAGAAAAGAAAAACAAAGGAGCACAGGAAAAUAAAAAGAGGAGGGAGGGCGCGCGCGCGCCCGCGCGUGUUUACCAAUCGCGUCGGCUACUUGGCUGAUGAAGUGUCUCGUGUGUGAAGAGGAAAAGAUUGAUCGAGAGAGAUAUUAUAAGAGGAAUAGAGAUAGAGAGAAGUAGUAAAUCGGCAUGUCGAGGGGGUGCGUUUGGUGCAACGAUAGAAGCAUGAAGAUAUCGACGGCGAGCUGACCGUAUAAGGAUUUAUCAAGUUUGUUUUCGAUUUUGCUUGAGUUAAGAAGAGGAGAAAGGAAUUAGAAAGGAGGAAGAGGAAAAAUUCGAUUAUUGAUACAGUGCACGCGUUGGGAGGAAGGGAAAAAAAAGUGGCCGUGAUUAAGUGGAGGUGAUUCUAGUGAGAAAGGUAGAUAACAAUAUAGGAGAUAAAUUAAUUGAAAUUAAACGCAAGAGAUCGAUGUACUUGGCUGUCAUAGACCUAAUAGAAAUAAUCCAAGAUUCGGGCCCCGUACGGGUGUCGCGCUAGGGCGGCGGCGGCGACGACGUCGUCCGCGGCGAAUUUAUCGACGCUCGAGGCCGCGCUCGAGCUCGGCUCGAAGGUGGAGAGGCCAAGCAGCACGACGACGCUUAACUUUACGGACCUGGGGAGCCCAUUCGGGGCGGGCGACCCCUGUCCGUCUAGUACCCCGACCCCGAACAGUAUGUCGGGUGGUGCCGGUGGCGGACCGUCGGGAGGCGGUCAAGCCGGUGGUGGAAACGCAGGAGGAAACGGUGGUUCCGACAUGGAUCAACAUCUUCAUCAUGGUGGACUCGGAUCGGUGACACCAGGACCACCUGGAGCCGGUGGAAAUGCCGGGGACAGUACGACAUCGAGUACACCAGUUUCCCAAACUGGCAAAUCUGCAUUCAUUGAACUGCAGCAUAAUAACUUGUACAAUCCUGCCAGUUUACGGGGUGGAUAUCCAUCCGGACAUAACGUGCCUGGUGCGCAUCAGUUUUCGCAUCAGGUCAGCGCUUUAGGACACCAAUCAUCCGGACCCGGUAGUGGGAAUCAACAACACGCCGAACCUGGAUUCCCAAGUCCUAGGUCAGCGCUAGCUGGAUAUCCUUUUGGACCUAUGCAUCAACAUAACGCAUACGGAUAUCAUCUCGGAUCCUAUGCGCCUCAGUGUCCCUCGCCGCCCAAGGACGGUGAGUACCCUAACUGGUGGUGCAUGUUCGCAGACCUCUCGCCAUUGGGCGACAAGGGUGGAAGUCUCGUGGAUGAGCUUGGAGGUGGUGGUGGUGGUUCUCUGAGAAAUGGCAAGGGUAAAAAGAUGAGAAAACCAAGGACCAUCUACAGCAGCUUGCAGCUUCAGCAACUGAAUAGGAGGUUCCAAAGAACACAGUACCUGGCACUACCAGAAAGAGCAGAACUUGCAGCUAGCCUGGGACUAACACAAACGCAAGUCAAAAUAUGGUUCCAAAACAGGAGAAGUAAAUAUAAGAAGAUGAUGAAAGCAGCGCAACAAGGUGGGGGCGGUGGUGGUGGACAACACGGUAGUUUGCUUGCCGGUGGUACUGCCCUACCUGGUGGACCUUCUCCUCAACCUGGUCAACCAGGGAGUCUAAUGCAAGGAGACUGGUCGGUUAUGUUAACAGGAGGUGGAAGUUCUGUCUCGGGUAGUCCGACGACAGGAUACCUUGGAGGUAUGGGAGGUGGUGGUGGAGGUCACACCCCCGGAAGUUCGAGUCCCGGAAGCGAGAUGUCGCCUCAGCAUAACGAGAGCCCUCCCGCGCCCGCCUGGCCGGGCGAGAUGAAGCACCAUCCGCAUCCCCAUGCCCCACCACAUACUCACCAUCAUCCACACACGCCUGGACAUCAUCCACCUCCACCACCCCCACCUCCGCAUCACGCGGGUUACAUGCCGCAAUAUUCUUGGUAUCAGGCUGAUCCUAAUCCUGGACUACUAACGGUGUGGCCGGCGGUUUAACGAAGACGUCCCCCGAAUCGAGUCGAGGAGGAGGAAGUUGUCCGCCAUGGUAUAGAGGACGUACCAGAUACUUCGUGGCGCCUAUCACGAAGGGAAAUCGCGUUAAACGUUAAAUAUCCUUUUUGAGUCGUUUUUCAAAGGAGAAAGAGAGCGAGAGAGAGAGGGAGGGCGAGAAAGAGAGAGUAGAGAGAUAAUAGUGUGACGUGUGUAUGCGUGCGCGCGUUGUGUGUACCCCUUCUUCCCACAUCGAAGAUAACAGGAAAGAAAUCUAUACGUAGAUGAACGUUUCGUAAUCGUUUUUCUCGUUUAGAAAGAAGAAGAGAUGUGAAAGGAAAAAAAAAAAGAGAAAGAAGAAAAUUAUGUGGGAAAAGAAAGACCACACUAUAAGGAUUUAAUUAUUGUUGGGGUUUAGAGAAAAUAAUAAUUGACUUGGGACAGUUGUGAAAUCGACAUUGUUGUGAAUCGAUUGAUUCGCGGAUUGUGUAAAAAAAAAUAAAAUAAAAUAAAAUAAAAUAAAAAAAAGAAGAAGUAAGGUGGCUCAUGUAGAUUUAGUUGAGAAAAUUUUCUGACGUUUAAUGGUAUCGUAACGGGGUAGAGGGGGGGAGAGGGCCGAACAAAUAAAUUUACAAAAGGAUAAAAGAAAUCACAGAGCGAGAGCGAGAGAGAGCGAGAGAGAGAGAGAGAGAGAGAGAGAGAGAGGGAAAAGGAGAAAAAAGUGUUAUGAACAGUAUAGUCGUCACGCGUGAUUUUUUCCUGUGAAUUUACGUAGUGCGUUAUCGAGUGAGAAUAGCAACAAAAUGAAAAAAAGAAAAGAGAAAAAACAAAGAAAAAGAGAAUAAAAGAACGACAUGUGACUAUUAUAUCAGUUCCUUUUCGACGCAUCAUCCGACCUUGGCAAAAAAUUACUCAAGGACAUUGCGAUCGAUCGAUCGAUCGAUCGAUCGGUCCAUCGAUCGAUCAAUCAAUCAAUCGAUCGAACGAACGAACGAACGAACGAACGAUCGUUUUAUAUGGUGUGUGCAGAGUUACGUACGACAGUGAAGAUAAAACAGCAAGAAGAUUUCUUUGGCGAUCCAACGCGAUGUUCCUCGGUCCUUUUAAAUUGCGCGUCGAAGAGUGAGAACAAUGAAAAGAAAAAAUAGAUAAAAAAAAAAAGAAAUUAAAGAGGUAAAAAAAAAAAUAGAAACGAAAGAAGGAAGAAAAGAAAAAAUUCCUUAUGCAAAUGCAUCAUCAUGACGCGUAUAUCACACUCGAUCUCUCUUUCUUAUAUAGGAAAAUGAAAUAUAACAUAUGUAAAUAAUAAUCGGCGAUCAUCGGUGUCGAGAGAGUGAAUGUCGCAGAGACGCGACGAAGGGUUUCGCGAGUUCGCACUUUCGAGACCCCGAACUUAAUUAAGCGUCUAAUUCCAGUAACCGCCCGCCCCCACUUCACCCCUACCCACCCGCUCGCUCGCCCGCUCGCCCGCUCGCCCCCGACCGACCGCUGGUAAUUAUUAUAAUAAUACCAUUAGGCGUCGGCAAAUGCGUAUUACUAUCACCGAAAGGGAACUACGAGAGCGAGCUGCCACUACGCUCUCGGCGAUUAUAAUAAUUAUCCUUCGGUCGGACGGAAGAGCUGGAGCUCCUUUUUUGUUGAAGACCAAGAUGGAGAGUUCUCUCCUUCUCCUUUUCUCUCUCUCUCUCUUUCUCUUUCUCUCUCUCUCUCUCUUUCUCUAUCGUUCUAUCUAUCCUUCAUUUUCUCUUUUCUCUAGCAAUUCAUCUCGAUCAGAAAUAAUCUCGAUCGUCUUGCAAAAAUUUUUCUUCGAUCGGAUAGAAAAAAAAUGAUUUUCUAUCUCGUUACUUUUCUUAGUGUAUUAUUUUCUUUCUCUUUUAUCUCUUCGUCAUCAUCUCCGUCAUCUUUUUAUUCUUCUCUUUCUUCUGUUUCUCUCUCCCUUUUGUAAAUGCCAAUCGUACGACGGUAGAUCCCCUGUGACAGUUGCCCAACUACUGCUCGACCUACUUUGCUCAGUCUCUCUGAGAAAGAAAAAGAGAAAGAGGGAGACGAAGAGAGAGAGAGAGAGAGAGAGAGAGAGAGAGAGAGAGAGAGAAAGAGAUAAAGAAAGAUAGAGAGAGAGAAAGAGAGAGAAACAAACGAAGAAAGAAAAAAGAGAGAAAACAUUGCAUAAACUCGUUGAGCGGUCGUUCCUCAAGGCGCUUGAAAAUAAUGAAAUCCUAAUGACAUUUUCGUGAGUCCAACGAUCUCGGCAAUCACGGUGGCUCGGUGUAAUCACCGUGGUCCCUCCUUUUCGGAUGAAGCAACUCUCUUCUUCGAGUUGAAGGAGGGAGAGGAGAAGGAGAAGGAGAAGGAGAAAGAGAAGGAGAAGGAGUGAGAGACGAGGGGGUAGGGUGGGGUAGGGUGCUGAGAGUUCGGUGGGGGAGAGAAAGAUCUCCUCCGAAAAGGAGAGAAGCAAAAGGUGCCCUCGACGUCUUCGUCGUUGAACUCGUUGAGUGGUUUGGAUCAGUGGGACGAAAGGGGAAUGAAAAAAUCAUUAUCUCUCUCUCUCUCUCUCUCUCUCUCUUUUUCUCUGACACUCACUUAUUCUUUCUCUAACUCUUUCAGUUCUCCAACCUCUCCUAACAUUCAAUAUCUCCAACUAAAAAACGUUAUAUCGAAGCUACACUUUUAACUCGGGUUUAUCAAAAUCUAUAAAAAGUACUUUUUCAUUCGUCAAUUAUAAUCGCGAACGAUUUAAAGCAGAAAAAGAAAAAGAAGAAGGAGAUGAAAAAGAAAAAAGAAAGAAGAGAGGAGAGGAAUAGAAACAAGAACUUUUCAAUAAUUCGAUUUAACGCAAUUGAUUAUGUUCGAUCUUUCUCGUGUCCUCCAUUUUGGGUCACCCUUUUAGCCAUCUUGCAUCUUGAGUGAGCGAGUAAGAGAGUAAAACGGAGAGGAAGAGAGAGAGGGAGGGAGAGAGAAAGAGACAGAGAAUGUGCUCAUAAUACCUGCUUCUCUGACAAUGAGAGAGGCGACACGAAACCGCAAAAAAGGCGGUUGCGGCUUGCGAGCACGGGAAACUGGGAGGUCCGGCGUGCCCCACCGCUUUGACCCAAAUACAGUGGUCUGGGUUGCUACAAUGAUGAUCGUCUCAUGAGAAAAAGCAAGCAGCACUCUUUCUAAAUAAAGAGGAUCUCCUCUUUCUCUCUCUCUCUCUCUCUCUCUGUCUCUUUCUCCUUUUCUUUCUGUCUUUUUCUUUAACUCUUUUUCUCUCUCUUUCUUUCUCCGUCUUUCCAUUUACUCAAUUUUUCUUCAAACGCACUUCUAUAUCGAAUACACCGAAUCGUCGUACGUCGUAAUAAAUUCUUUUGACAAUGUCGUAGUUUUCGAAUGACGUUAGAUCGUCAAAUUCGUUGGAUAAUAUUUCGUUCGUACUUAUUUAUUAUCGAAUGAAUUUGAAUCGAUUAAUAAAAGAGAAUUUUCAAAUACCAAAAGCAGGAUUUUGAAUGGCGGACAGAGAAGACAAGUACAAAUCCGAAAAAAAAUGUUGAGAUAAAAUAUCCGAUCGUUUUGCUCUUUCUCUCUCUCUCUCUCUCUCUCUCGUUCUCUCUCUUCUCUUUUCGCUCUCUCUCUCUCUCUUUCUCUCUUUCUCUCUUAUAUAGAAAAAAAAAGAAAAAAGAUAACAACACCACCAAUAUUAAGUACCGUUAGAUCCUAACCGCAAAAGGAGCCGUAAAAAGAAAAAGCAACAACAAAUUAUUCGAUUCUCGAACAAAAUAGAUGCAUACACACACGUACACGCAUACAUACAUACAUACGUACACGUACACAUAUAUUUCUUAGGUUUUCGAUUUGGUGUGCAAUAAAAAGGAUUAAUUCCUUAAUUCCUUAUAUAAUUUUCACUACGUUCUGUGUUUGUGAGAACGAAAGAAAAAAGAAAAAGAAAAAAAAGAAAAAGAAAAAAUGCAAAAAAAAAAGAAAAAGCAGAGGAGAGAAGAAAAAGAAAAAAGAAAAAAAAAGAAGAAAAAUCUUUCCUACCUCCUUUCUCAAAUCUCAAGAAGAUUAUUUCCGUAAUCACUAGGCGAAUAGAAGAUACUCCGUCGGCCGUGUCUCUCCUUGGCGUAAAGGAAAAUUAUUUCUUUUCCCAUUGUCCGCGGAUGUGAACGCGUAACACGCCAGUUAAACCGAGUGUUGUCACGCCUUCCUCGCGGAAUAUUCUAACGGUGUUUCCGAAGUAUGCAUGUAAUAGAAAAAGAGACGGAGAAGAAAUAGAAGAAGUAGAAGGAGGAGAAAAAGAAGAAAAAGAAGAAGAAGAAAAGGAAGAAAAGAAAAAAAGAAGUACGAAGUUAAUAUGGGAGAGUGGAGACAGAUAGAGAGGGAGAGAGAGAGAGAGAGAGAAAUAGACGUACAGAUAGACAGACAGAUAAAGAGAGAGAGAAAUAGAGAGAGAGAGAGAGAGAUAGAUAGAUAGAUAGAUAGAUAGAUAGAGAGAGAGAAAGAGAGAGAGAGAGAGAGAGAAGAAGAAGAAGAAAAGGUGGAAAAGCGCAAACACCGUAAAAAGAGUCCGUAGAAUUUACUAGCGUUACUAGUCUCGGUGCAAAGCCAUGAAGAUCGAUCGGAACACGUUGAGGGUGGCAGCGAGGAGGAGGGGGUGGUUAUAUGGAGGAGGGAUAGGCUGCUUACCCUCCUUGAGAAAGAUCGAUCCUCGAACGCGCCUGUAAAUAUUGCACCGAGGCCCCCUAGCACGUAAGCUCUAAGUGAAAUCUGUGUAAAAUACGAUAUUGUGAUAAGAGUGUGAGAGAUAGAGAGAGAUAGAGAGAGAGAGAAUGUGAAUGAAAGAAAGAGAGAAGAGAGAAAGGGAAAGAAAAAUCGGAAUUCGUUUUAUAUAUAUAUAUAUAUAUAUAUAUAUAUAUAUAUAUA